ACAUUUCGUGUUGCACUACUCUUGGGGUAAACUACUCGAACUCGAAGCUCCUUUUUGGAAUUCAGUUUUCAUUGAGAUGCUUAGCGUUGGAGAACUACUUAGAUAAAAUACAGCGAUCAGUAUCUUCUUUGCUGCCUUUUAAAAUCAUUUCCCGAGAAGAUGAUGGUGGAAAACGAAUGGUGGAAAUCGCAGCUUGCUCUGGAAAUACACGACGUUCUCCGAGAGAAAGAAACCAGAUUGCCACCUUACACUUCAUCUUCACCUCAGCUAAAACUUAGGCGUUUCCUUGUUGAUUGGCUUGCUGUCUUCUCCGAGAAGAUUAAAAGUUCUCAUGGGGUGCUUCAUUUGGCUGUUUAUUAUAUGGACAUUUUUAUGGAUAAAUUUGAUAUAGAUGAACGCAAACUUUAUCUUGUUGCGUUAUCAUGUUUGCUGCUGGCAGCAAAGUUUGAAGAAAACGAAGACAAGAUACCUACCAUAUCAACGUUGAAUGCCUACGUUCAUAACCUGUUCAGUGCACCAGAAUUUCAUCCCAUGGAACUGAUACUACUGAAUUUCUUCUCAUGGAAUUUAGAUUUACCAACACCAGUGCACUUCAUGGAGUACUACUUGAUACAUGCAAUUUCAGCAACAGACUGUCAGUCUGGAAGAAGUAUUGAGGAUAACACCAAACCAAUGGCUUAUGCUAGGAAAUAUGUGCAUUAUUUCCUGGAAAUUGCUUUGCAGGAUCAUUCAUUCCUAGCAUUUCCUCCCUCAGUGAUAACGUCAGCGGCAGUUGCUGCAUCACGCCUGAGACUUCACCUCUGCCCCUCCUGGACACCUCUGCUGAUCAAGGUGACAUCCUACACCUGGGAGCAGAUAGCACCCUGUGUGCACAUCAUGUUAAGAGCGCAUGAUGCAGAUGAGAAAGCCAUGUCACAACAGAAAGCAGUCAAUGCCAAGGGAUGAUUAACUUUUGUCUCCUGGAAUGGAUAUCACUCUGGGCAACAAUGGACAUAUCUCAUGAUUCAUAUAAAUGACAAGCCACUGGUCCAAAAGUUAAAUUUCUAAACAGAGCUGUUUAGAAACUGCCUUCAAUCCCAGUGGUAAAUGAGAACUGGCAAGCAAAAAUGAAACAAGGUUGCUUCAAGUAACAGCCAGUAAUUAAUAAUUUUGUAAAGCACUUGAUGAGGCAUCCUAACUACCGGUAUUCUCCAUCUAAAGCUAUUUGUUAAUUGGUGGAGAGCUGUACCUUCCCUUUGCCUUGCUCAAACCUUUGAAUCAGACAUGCGAGCACUUUUUUAAAGUCUAAUAGUUUGCAACAUGUCAAGUUCAAGGCUUGUUGUUUCCAACAAGUACAAAAGUACUUGAACUACUAAUAACAUUAAUUCUAUGAAAUGUUGCUGGUUUCCAAGGGGUGUGAAUAAACUAUUUCCAUGAUGUUAUUCAAUCUACUUUUCAUUAUUUUUCUAGUCUAGGACUAUUUUGUCUCUAUUAAAAAGUUAGAAGUAAGCUGAAAAUUCCAAAAACAGACUACAAUAACUCUGCAACUCAAUAUUCAGUUUACAACUUAAUUGUGACUUAAUUGUUGGUUUUUAAUUUUAAGACUACAUGGUCUUACAGAUGAAAAGUACUUUUUAAUGGAGAUGUUAAAAGCCUA